UCCUUUUCUGAUUCAAAUAAUCUGAAUAAUAAUGAAUUUACGAAACCUGAAUUUGAAAACGAAUCGUUGUACGAGGAACAUUUCUGAUUUAUUCAGACGUCAGACCUAACGUCAGAUCGUUUCGCCUGUAAUAAUAGUCUGUAUUGACAUUAUAUUCAUGAAUCAUAGAAAAUAAACUUCGAACAUAUUUUCUUUUUGCCAUACGUGCUUAAGGAUUGUUCAGAAUUUUGAAAAACCAUACAGAGAUACCAUAUUAGUAAUGUAAUAGGUGCACCGAUUACUUCAGUUUUAAUCAGUUCUUCGUUGAAGUUUUUCAUUAUUUUGAUAUGAAGCUUUUACACGUUGCAAUUUGUUUAAUAUUAUUUCACCUAUCAUCGGUACGAGCUCCUAAAAAAGAAGGCGAAAAGGAGACAAAUCUUGCUUCAACGACUGGAUCAUCAGACUUGGAUGAGGACACUGUUAAAUUACUUCUUGAACGUGCAGUUCAGGUUCCUCGUCAUGAUAAAAAACUACAUCUUUCCGCGAGUGAUGAGGAUAGAAGAGAUCAGUUACCACAUCUUCAUCAAGCACGCCGACUAAUAAGAAAGAAAUCCAACGAGAAUUCCAGAUCACCUCGUAAAGGCAUAAAAAAGAAUUACUGGCCGGAUGAAUUUCCUCACAUAGGAAGCCAGACUCCAUACAGAUUUCUGUUAGAAAACCUUCCCUUGGAUUUAGAAUACUUCCAACAACCAGAGACAGAAGCAACGUCAGAAACUCCAAAAAGUCCGCAACAGACAGAAAACGUAGCAGAAGAAUUGAAAUCUUCUAAAAAUGUAGAACAGGAGGAAGAAUUAAUGAAGGAUACUGAAUCUCCUAAGAAACCAGAAACGCAGGCAGGAAAUAUAGAAGAAGAAUUGAAACCUUCUAAAAACGUGGAACAGAAGGAAGAAUUAAUAGAGGAUACCGAAUCUCCUAAAAAACCAGAAGAGGAGGGAGAAACUGGAAGUAUACUAGGAACUACAGAAUCCUUCAGAAGACGAGAAGAAAAGUCUCUUUAUGAAGGCUGUGUUCCAAUGAGGACGUGGAAUCUCUUUCGUCACGAUAUCAGAUACCCUAGUAAAGAAACAACUCACGGAAUGAGAACCAGAUUACGAAAUGUAAAGGAAUCUGUGCUUUUGAAGCUUUAUGAAAACAAAGAUCUUUAUGACACUGAUCCUAUUAAAAUAGACGAAUUCUUGAAUUUACUGGACACAUGGGACGUAGUAGAAAAACUUUCAAAAGAUGUGGCGUACGUUAGCAACAAAACUCUCAACCAACGAAAAUCUAAAAAAGAAAAACAAAAAGAGCUGGAAAAUCUUACUCUUGAAGAGAAAUCAGCACGAUUGAAAAAGAGAAAAGGAGGAGAUGAAAAAAUAGACGAAGCAAAAGAUUUGACUCCUGAAGGGGUAGAGAACGUAAAGGAAAUAGCGGGACGAUAUCAGAAACGGUUGAAAACUCUCUUCGACAGUGCUACACCUAAAUCUCGUCUGUUCAAAUUCACCGAUUGUCAAAGAACAAGGGCCAGUGCCACAGAAUUUUACUCAGUGAUCUAUGGAAAACCUAAAGAGAAAGAUGAAUGGCAUGCUCCGGUUGAAACGGGUGAUGAAGGAAAGGAUCCUUUAUUAAAAUACGAUGCCUUAUGUGGACAUUGGAAGAAAAAUUACAAAAAAAGUACACUCAAUGCGCAUCAGUUGGUAACAUUUGAAACCGGAAAUGAAAUUAAAAAUGCUCUCAAAGGAAUCAGAGAUAUUCUUCUAUUUCCCGAGAAAUCAAUUACUUUCAGUGAUGGCAAAUUGCUUUAUGAAUCGUGUGCAUUUGAAAUGGCUUGGGGAAAACCUAGCCCCUGGUGUAUACUUAUGGGUGAAAUGUACCUAAAAGUAUUUGAAUAUUUGGAAGAUUACGAAUAUUUCAAAAAUGAUGGACCAGAUAAUGACAUGAAUAAAAAAGUGGGAUGCUUUUUAUUCAAAGAUAUGAUAGAACGUUUAAUAGGAGAUGUUCACGAAGAUGAGGAUGGCAAAAUCAUAUGGGAUCUUCGAGAAGGCGAAGAAGAAGAAGAAGAAGAUGAAAACACAGCCAAAGAAAAACACCCAGAAACAGAGCCAACAAAAGAAAACGCAGACAAGUCCGAUGAUGCAGACCCAACUAAGGGAAAGACUGCUGAUACUGGUACAGGUGAAGGAGAUGGAAACAUUGCAGCCAAAGAAAAACAACUCGAAACAGAUCCAACAAAAGAAACCAAAGAGAAGUCCGGUGACCCAGACCCAACUAAAGGAGAGGCUGCUGAAACUGAUUCGGUUAAAAAGAAAGCUAGCAAAUCUAAAAAAAAAUCCCCCAAAAAGGUUACCUUCUACUUCACUCAUUUAACGGCAAUUCUGAAAUUUAUCACACACUUGAGAUUCCUAGACAUUGACGAUGAUGAAAAAGAACAUUUGACGGUGGAUAAUUACAAUGAAAUGGACAAUAGAAAAUGGAGAACUGCUCGCAUUGGCGCCUUUGGAACCAACAUAUCGAUAAAUUUGAUGAAGUGCAAUAAAUCGUACUCAAUUCUUGUAAUGCAUCAAGAAAGACCAGUCAAGCUACCUGGAUGUAAAUUCGAGUUGUGUCUUCUUGAUGACUUUUUAAAAGAGUACAGAGACAGUAUUUUCAACUGCAAUUACAAAGAAAUGUGUAAAAAGUACAAAAGUGGCAUGUUUAGUAGUGGUUUAUUACCAUUUCGAGGUACAAUUAAACCUCGUGAAUUUGACAAUUACGAACAUCCGCUCCGAACUCUUUCAUUUCAACACAAAGAAGUUUAAAUGUGCAUAACUUCUUUACACAAAAUUCCUCAUAAAUCAAAAUUAAGAUCCGAAAUUUCACUUACUUUUCAAAGGAUGAAUAGGCCUCUGGCCUACUGAGUAUAAGUACCUACUGAUGUAGGUACUGGUUUGGUACCUACGGUAUGCAAGUUUAUUUCUGUACAUUAAUUCACAUUUGUCAUUAUCAUUAAAUAUACCUAAGUAUUAUUAUUGCU